AUGGCGUACCUCGACAACAACGACGACGAUGGUGAGCCUUUCGUCGAGACCGAUCCGACGGGCCGUUACGGAAGGUACAGGGAGUUGAUCGGUGCCGGUUCAGUAAAGAAAGUGUACAAAGCCUUUGACAUUGUAAAUGGCGAAGAAGUAGCUUGGAACCAAGUUUCCUUGAGAAAAUUCAUGGACGACGAUUCAACCAUGGCUAGGCUAUUCACAGAGGUUCGUUUGUUAACUUCUUUAAAAAACGACAACAUUAUUUCUUGCUUUGCCGCCUGGAACGACAAAAAUAACCAAACCCUCAAUUUCAUCACCGAGGUUUGCAUGUCUGGGAAUUUGAGGGAGUACCGUAAGAAACACCGUAGGGUUUCGUUAUCUGCGAUCAAGAAAUGGGCCCGGCAGAUAUUGAGAGGCCUGGACUAUCUUCACACGUGCGAACCGCGCGUGAUUCACAGAGACUUAAACUGUAGCAAUAUCUUCAUCGAUGGAAAUAGGGGGAAGGUGAAGAUAGGGGAUUUGGGAUUGGCCACCGCGAAAGACCGGAACGCGUUCGUACAGUCUAUGGUGGGGACGCCUGAGUACAUGGCGCCGGAGAUUUUCGAGGAGAAGUAUACGGAGACGGUUGAUAUUUACUCGUUCGGGCUCUGUGUGUUGGAGCUCGUCACUAGGGAGAUUCCGUACAGCGAGUGUAAGUCAAUCGUUGAUAUUUACAGGAAGGUGAGCGGCGGAGUCAAACCUCAGGCCCUGAAUAAGGUGGAGGAUUCGGAAGUGAAAUGUUUCAUUGAAAAGUGCAUUGUUCGUGACCCGGAAAGGCCCACUGCGGCCCAAUUACUUCAGGACCCAUUUUUUUAUGGGCUUUUUGAUGAUGACGACGAAAAUUACUACCACGGGGAAUUCUAUGGUGUAGUGGCUAGUACUUUAUUAGUUUAAGCUUUUUACAUUUGUAUUAGUUUUAGUUUUGUUGGUUUUUUUUAUCUUAAUAUUAGAGAGAUAAAUGUAAAUGCAAAGAGAAUAAUAGAGGCACUCUCUUUAGUAAA